GACAUGGCGGCUGCGCGGCCCCGCCCCCCGCGCUGCGCGGGAAACUCUGAGGGGGCGAUGAUGGCGGCGGCGGGCGGAGAGGAGCGGCUGCUGCUCACACAGAGGCUGAAGGCGGCGGUUCACUACACGGUGGGGUGCCUGUGCCAGGAGGUGGGGGAGGACAAGGACGUGCAGUUCAGCAAACAGAGCAUCGCGGCCAUCUCAGAGAUCACCUUCCGACAGUGCGAAACCUUUGCAAGAGACCUUGAAAUGUUUGCGAGGCAUGCAAAACGAAGCACAAUCAACACAGAGGAUGUGAAGCUUUUGGCUAGAAGGAGCAGCUCUUUGCUAAAAUACAUCACCCAGAAGAGCGAUGAGCUUGCAUUGAAUAACAUGGAGCAAAAGGAGAAGAAGAAAAAGAAGUCCAGUGCAGCCAAGGGAGAGAGAACUCCAGGGGAAAAAGAAGCAGCUAUGACUGAAAAUGAAGACUCCAACAUGUCAUGAUCUACCUUUCAAGUAAUGCCUCAGGUCAGCUUCUCUUAGUAUCCUAGAGAAACCAGAAUUAGUAAGAUUCCUAUGUAAGAUUCCUCUUGCAGGUUAACACCAGUAAUGAAUCUUUAGGUUUUUAGGUGAACACGAUGAGUUAGAUUUUUAUUGUUCCAGAAAUGCAAGUUCUGUCAGAAUUCAGUAAAGCUUAUGCCCAAGAUGCCUUAAUUGCUCACAAAAGGUAUCUGCUACUAAAAUUAAAAGCCUUUAAAUAAAGAGUUUAAAGCAGAA